CGCGCAUAACUAUAAUUCACGAAUCACGAUGCGUCUUGACAGCCGCGUGUCUUUUCACGAAAAAAGCUGUUACGGAGAAGGUGUCGUACUUUUUAUCUCAUUCUAUUAUUCAGUGCGAGUUAACAACAGUGCAGUACAACGAUUUUGAACGGCUGUCGAAUAUAGUAUUGAGUGAUACGAGUACUUGCAGCUUUAGAAAUAUUAAUCAAACAAUUAAAAUCCAUUAUAGUUUGCGAACGAAACGUAAACUUGAAAUUCUCAACGCUCUGAAAAUACCAGUGGUAGGCUUUAGUAGGCACCCACAAGCUUCUGUGAGCAUAUAUUUGGCUAUAUGCUCUCUGGCCGUACGUAAUUAAAUACUACACUAAGCUAAAGGGUUGGUUAGCAAAAUGUUUAGUUUCAUUAAUAUCAAUAUCUAUGUCAAUUGACUAUAAGCAUUGAUUAGAUGAAGGUGCACAUAUAUUAGAGAAAAUAAAGCGAGCUUCUAUUUGGGGAAAGCAAGUAUGUCGGGGCUCGAUCUAUCGCAUGGAUAAUGAAGCUGACGAAGACGAGCAUCGCCUUUGCCAAUGAAUGUCGGCAAAAAAAACCGCCAUUAACUUUCAUUUUAUUAAUUGCCAGCCUUUUUAUGCUUGAACCCAUUUACUCUGCGUCUUCUGAGAGCCAAAUGGAGAGUUACGGCAUGCCACUUGAUAGAAAGUUGAGAAAUUUGGAUGGCAAUCUUCCGAUUUUCGAGCAAACAGCCUCUAAUGUCACAGCAUUCGAAGGACAGACCGUCUAUCUACCAUGCCGAGUACAUAAUCUCGGUGACAAAGUCGUUUCAUGGAUGAGAAGUAAGGAUUUGCAUAUUUUGACAUCUGAUAAUAUUACUUUUAGUUCAGAUGAGCGUUUUAAGCUACAACAUUUGACUGGGAGCGAUGCUUGGACUUUACAGCUUAAUCAUGUUAAAAAAUCCGACAUAGGCCGUUACGAGUGUCAAGUCAAUACGGAGCCCAAAAUUAUGUAUGCAGUGCAGUUAAUAGUUAGAGAUUCAGAUAAGAUCCAUGGAUACGAUGAGCCACAGUCUCAACAAACUCGAAUAAGCUACGAAAGCACGGCACCAGUUGCUGCAAUAAUGGGUCCACGUGAGCAGCGAGUUCAAACUAGUUCGACGAUUACUUUGAAAUGCGUUAUUACGUCUCCUUAUCAAACUCGUCCUAUAAAGGGCGUGCAGUGGUUCAGAGAUAAUAAAUUACUUACAUUCCAGGCUAACAGAGGCGGCAUCAAUGUUGAAACUGUGACGGGUACGGCUCAAACAUUCACUGAAGUAACAUUGGCGAAUGUAACGUGGCAGGAUUCGGGCAAAUACACGUGUAGACCUACAGAGGGUAAAGCUGAUACCAUCAUGGUUUAUGUUGAAAAUGGAGAACAUACAGAAGCUAUGCAGCGUGAUACUGCGUACACAUCUUCGAAUACUUUUCAUAACUUAGACAAGUUACUUUGGUUAAUUACCGUCUUAGACAUUUUUAUUAAUUCAAGUAUCUAUGUAUCUUCAGUAUUUUAUUAA